GUAGGCAUGGCUUAGUUAUGAAAAUUAAUCAAAGGUUGAUUUGAAAAACCGGCAAGUUAGUGUUCACUAUAUUACUUAAGGUAUAGACUGAGCUUAUCUUAACUUUAUAUAAUUUUUAGAAAUUAGAAAAAUUCUAGUAAAUUGAAGUUAGUCUACUGGUGAGAUCAUUAUAAAACACGAGAUGCGAGAGUGGUUUAAGACACAAGUUGUUGCUCGAAGAAGUAUGAAUGCUACUUUGUGGACAUUGUUUUUUCAGAUUUGUGUAGUUUGUAUAACCCUCUUUAUGUUCAAUGCAUUAUCAUGGAAUGUAAUGCAAGGAUUCACAGAUGUAAUGUGGUCAUAUAUCGGAUACCCCGAACUUUGCUUUCAGGUUCUUUUAGCACUGGUGACUUCGUUUAUAUCGAUUAUACAGCUAAACCAGUUAUCUGUAGUUCCAAAAAUCUGGAGAUCGAGAUUAGAUGUAAUUGUUAAUUUCUGCAAGCCAAAAAAUAUUUUUAACAUUAUAGUUUGCGGACUUGGAGGGGGUGUUGUUGUAAGAUGCUACUUGGCCCUUAUAAGUAAAAAACAUAAAAACUUAUCACAAAUAUGUCUUUAUGAUACAGAUCUUAUUUGUUUGGAUGAAAAGCAUUUCUUUGUAGUUUUCAAUGGGAUGUUUGCAGGGAUGCUGUACUACAUUUCAAGUUUUUUACAAGAUUCCUACUAUCUUGAAAUUAAUCCCUUUCAUCAGCCUAAACUUUUGGUCAGUAAAUCAGAAAUACAUAAUGUUAUAGUUGAAGGUGCCAUAAGAACACUGCAAGAAAUGAAAUAUUUUUAUGUAGUUUAUUUUGUGUUUGGAAAAAGUUUCAGAGAUAAUGUUUCCAUUGUUCUUAAUCUUUCCUACGGUGAAGAAUAUAAGCUAACAACUUUUAAAGGACUUCUGGAUAUUGAUUUAUUCUUAACUGUUUUUAUAACGGGAAUCUUAUUGCAUAUUGUCUGGGCAUACAACAAAUACUUGUUAAAGAUUUUCCUCACAGAGAGAAUUGUUUUUCCCCUGGAAGAAACAUUUGAAGCAGAAAAAGACAGGUGCUUGCAUCAUAGCCUUGCUUGUAAUGAUAUUCCUUUGCUUCAGUCUCUUGGAUAUUUAGACCUUUGCCUUCUUGCCAAAUAUUCUUUUAAACGGAGACAACAGAUAUUUUCAGUAAGCCAACCUGGUGGCCACCCACAUCAGUGGAAUCAAAUCUCUUCCAGUGUACUUGCUCAUAUAGAAACACUGAUGAAACAGUUGAGUACUGUAUCAUCGGUUCCACCCAAGACAGAAUCACAGAAGCCAAAAGAGGUACCACCAACAGAUUUAAAUUCUAUAAAACGCAUUGAAAACUAUCUUGCUUACAAACUACAAAAAAUCAUUGAUUUCUGUAACAAAAUUUCUCCAGUUUCUGCAAUUUACAGUGAAUACCCAGAAGCUCAGACACACAAGUAUUUUUUGACAUGUCAGCCUGUAAUAUGGGGCAUUGAAGCUCUUUCUUUUCUUGUAUGUGCAUCAUAUCAUGAAGACAGGUAUGGAGUUAUCCAGAAAUCUUUGUCGAAAAUUACUUCCUUGAUGCUAGACCUACAAACUACCUUAGAACGCUUUCAGAAAAGUUUAUCAGUAGCACGAAAACCUGGUCCACUUUCAAGAGAUAUUCAGUUACGACAGAGUUUGAGAAUUGCUUUGAAUGGUGCUCUUUACCGAAUAGCCCUUACAUUUAGAAAACACUUGAGUGAUAUUACAUUUCAACAGGACCACAGACAACAAUUGUGUGAAUUUUCACAACUGAAAAAGUAAUCCACAAAAGCUUACAUGCCUUUCAAAAGAAAGAUUUCUGGUACAUAAUAUGUUGUAGGAUAUUAGACUGGAAUAUGGUCAAAACUAAAGCUAGCAGUUUAAUGUAUUAUUUUUUCUUUUUGAAACGUCUCCUAUUUGCUUAAACUUUAUUAUUAACAGUAUCAGCUGCUGCAGUUGGAUUGAUGUGCAUUCUAAACCACUUUUUAUGAAUAUGUUUGAGCUUAACAGUAACUUGUAUAUAAGUGUAUAAUAAUUUAAUUUUCUUUAUUUCUAGUUGUAAUUUUUUUAUACUUUUUAAGUUAUAAAUAGUUUUAUGUUGGUAAAAUUAUGUAUACAUUGUUUCAGCAUUGGAAAUUAUGAUUCAUAAGCAGUCCAGCAUUAAUGUUUCACUUUUAUUGAAAUUUUCUGUUUUAUCAGUACACGUUUUAAUAAUUCUCCCUUUCAACAAAAUUCUCUUAAGUUUAAUUGUCUAUCCUGAACUAAAUUUCUCUAUUUUAACUAGAAUAGCAAGUACAAUACUGAAUGAUUCUUUGACUUAUAAAUAUUAAGUGUAUUGAUACCUAAAAAUAUAUAUACUUUGGAUAUAUUGCACUGAUUGUUUUAACCUUUUCUAACGAAGUAUUAUAUUUGUAUAGCUAUGCACCUAGAAAAGUCAAAUCUAAAGACAACAUUGAUAUGUCCAGUAAAUAACUAAAAUAUUUCAACUUCUGACAAGUGAAAUGGUGUAGAAAUUUUUUAGUGGGAACUAGUAACAUAAAUGUCUUAAAAAGGAUUCUUAAGUUACACAAGAAUAUAUGAUCCUUGCAAUUUAUUUUAGUAACUACCAAUAGUACUAUUUUUGUUGUGGAUUGUUUUUGUUUUUACAUGUGAAACAUAUUCAAUAAGUGUUAGUAUUCAAUAAAAAAGUUAAGUUGGUUUUUGUUUUCUUAUCUUUUAAAGGUUAAA